UUGUUUUCCUGUGGUCUGCCCACAUAUUAGUUAUGUUGGGAUCUGUUGCCGUGGCUCAGUGUGUAGACUGUAGAACAGGGGCCUUGUCUCAUUGGCCCCCACUAUGCUAAACCUGCAAGGCCUCCCUAAUGGUUUCCAGAGCCAACCCCAGAGACCACCAGACCAAAACACAUACACACACAUGCUCAGUUUGCACUGUUCAGAACAUCACAGUUUGCAAAGUGCAACACAAAGCCACAUUCCUGUCUGGUGGCUGUAAUAGAACUGUGCACGUGAUCUGGUGUGUUAUGACAGAAGCCAUUGACAACAAUGAUUUUACCUUGGAGAGCAAUAAUCAAACACUGCGGCCAAAUGAAUUACUUUUGCAGGUGUUCACCUGCCUACUGGUGCCGAGGCACGGUAUCUGUCUCCUCCGUUGGUGACUGGGAUAAAAACAUGUCUGUCUCUGUCUCUUUUUUGUUUUAAAGCUGUGAGAAGAAGCAAAAAACACGAGAAGAGAACCAUUUGAUGGAAGAUAAGAAAAAGAAAAAGCAAGAAGAGAAGAAAAAGAAAGAAGCUGCUCAGAAAAAGGCCACAGAACAGAUAACCAAAGUGCCAGACUCUGCCAAGCUCGACCCCACCCCUCCUCUUCCCCCCGUCAACCCCAGUGCUGUCCCGUCUGUACCCCCAAGCAGUGGCAAUGGCAAGCGCGCCCCCUCUGGAGGUCAGCCGCAGACAGCACAGCAGCCCCAGACUCUGCUCCAGCAGCGCUAUCCGCCAAGAGAGGUGCCCCCACGCUUCCGCCAGCAGGAGCACAAGCAGCUGUUGAAGAGGGGCCAGCCUUUGCCCUCCGGGACUCUGCCUCUCACCACCACGGGACGUUCCGCCACUACUGAACCUGCAGCAGCAGUAGCCAUACACUCCUCUCCCUCCUGCUCCUCUUCCUCCACAGCCAGCCUGCCUACAGAACUGCCCCCACAGAGUGGUCAGGGAGCCCAGUAUGAUAAUCCCCUCUGGGGACACCUACCAGCCAACAGGAGUGCCACAAGUGCUGCAUCUUCCACCAAUCUCAGUGGCUGGGAUCAACUGAUCAUUGACCAGAAGGACACAGAGGCUUGGCCUUCUAUUACCCACAGCCAGAGCCAAGUCCCUCCAGGAGGAUGCCCUUUGGACACUGACCCUGGUCGCUCGACCAGCAGCAGCAGCAGCAGUAGUACUAGUAGUAGUUGUAGUACAGUGAGUAUGGCCACGGGGGCCAAUAGCCAGACAGGCCACUUCCCUGCCAACCACCUUAGCAGCAAGGCCAACAGUGGGCCCAGCCCUGCCAAUCAUACUGGAACCAGCAUGCUCUCCAGCCAGGUUGCAGCCAAUCGCAGCUGGGGCUCUGGGCCUGGACCCUCCCAUUGCCCCCCUCAGUCCUCACUGGGGAGUGAAGGGAAGAGUGACAGCCCAGUAGGGGGAGGAGGCAGCAGGGGCUGGGGAUCUUCUUCAUCAUCCUCCACCACCAACUUUAACUUGAACCUAAACCCUAAUGCCAACCCGUCUGCCUGGCCCAUGCUGGGUCAUGAUGGGGGUGGCACAGGGGGAGGCAGCUCAGGGGGAGCCAACACCAUUUCACCUCCUCAACCUACACCCAACCUCUGCAAUCCAACUGGCCCCCCACCAGCCCAGACCAGCACCUGUACCGGAGCCAACACUAACAGCAACUCCUCGGGGAUUGGCAGCGCCUGGGGUAGCAUAAUGGCGUCUGACACAUCAGAGCCACACCCCUCCCCGUCCACGAAUGUGUCUUUCAGUUCAGAACCUCAGAACCUUAAAACUGAUGGACCAAAUCACACUAAUAGGCAGGAACCCCCCAGCCCCAUCCGCAACUUGCCUGGCUGGGGUAAUGCACCUGUAGGCUUGGGUUCCAUGGGCCAGACCCCCACAGGGGGCCCACAGGUCAAUGGAGAAGAUAGUAGCCCAGUAUGGGGUAACAGUGGUGAGUUAAAGGCACCUUCAUCUAAGGAGACACCUGGCUGGGACUCUGGCUGGGGCCGUGGAGGAGGUGGAGCAGGAAGCUCUGGGGGCUGGGCUGACCAGUCUGGUGGAAACUGGGGGAAGCAGCGCACUGAGGAGUCCCAGGGAGGCUGGGAUACCCCCAGCUCUCCUCCCCAGGAUCCACAGGCUAGUCCUUGGAGCAGACCUGUGAGCACAGCUGGUGCAAGUGAAGGGAGCAGUGACAGCAUGGAAGGACAUCCCCAGCACAGAGAACCAUCAUCCAGAGAUAAUCCAGCUCCUCUGCUGCCUGCCCAGGAUCUGGAUCCCAGAGUGUUGUGCAACACUGGCUGGGGACAGACCCCUGUUCGCCAACACACCUCCUGGGACAUGGACGAUACUAAAUGCAAGAAUGAUGCAGCUGCUGAAUCAUGGGGCUCUGGCCCAACGACUCCAAGCGAUGCCCAGGGGCCCUCCAACACUAACAUGGGCCCCUCUCAGAGGACUGACCCUGGGAGCAAAAAUGAUGUGCCUGGUUCUCAGGGAGCUUCAGGUUGGGGUGGAAGCAUAGCUGCUAAUAACCAACCUAGCUCUGGUUGGGGAGAGCCACCCAACAACAUUAAGCCUCCAGGUGGCCCUGGUGGCUGGGGGAAUCCUCCAGCAGGAGGCCCCACCACCAGUAUACCCAAGAAUGGGGGUCAGUCCUGGGGGGAGGAGAAGUCAACUGGUUGGGAUGAUUCUCGCAACAAGGCAACAUCCCAGGGCUGGGGAGAGCAACCCAAAGCAUCCCACAGCUGGGGCAACAGUGGAGGCAGCAAUAAUGCAGGGGACUGGAGGGAACCAGAAGACAACAAAAAGAGUUCUACCAACCCAGGGUGGGAGGGAGAAACAGGUGGCUGGAAGGAGAACCCACGAGGCUGGGGAAUGUCGUCUUCAGGACCUGGGAUACCUGCAGCUGGAGGAAGUGGGGGCUGGGGAGAGCCAGUUUGCCAGCGUCCCACUGGCCCUCCUCAAGGUUGGGGGGGCAAGCCUCAGGAUGGGCCCAGCAGUAGUAGUGGAGGAGGGGGCAUCGGCUCUUGGGCUGGCUCAGGCGCAGUGAAGCAGGGCGGAAACUGGGGUGGCAGUAAGAAGGAGUCCUCAGCUGAGCCUACAGGCUGGGAAGAGCCUUCUCCACCUUCAAUCCGACGUAAGAUGGAGAUAGAUGAUGGGACCUCAGCUUGGGGUGACCCUGGUACCUACAGCAAGUCAGUCAACCUGUGGGACAGGAACAAUCCGGGAAUGUCCCAGAAUAAAGUUACCACUGGAGGCAAUAACCCCCCAGGCCCCAACAACAACCAUCCCCACUCUCACAAUCACCCCUAUCACGGGCCGCCUACACCUUUACAGAACCACACCCAAAAUUCCCAAAACCCAGGGCCUACUGGUGGGCCCAUGGAUCCUGUUGUCCAACACCAGUCUGGGCCAUCUCACAACAGGGGUCCCCUGAUAGCUCAAGGUUGGGGAGAGAUACCCAGCUCCCACACAAAAUCAGAGAGCUCUUGGGGGGAAGCUGCACCCACUCCGGUCAGCGUCGACAACGGGACGUCAGCCUGGGGCAAAUCCACUGGGAGCUGUGGGGGCUGGGGAGACAACAACCCGGACAGCUAUGGCAGGGGCAACCCGACGAUGACAUCUGCAUCUUGCAAACCUGCCCCCAAACCUAUGCAAGACGGAUGGGGAGGUGGAGGUGAAGAGCUGAACCUGUCGGGGGGUCAGUGGGAUGCUGAGGAAGGAGACAUGUGGAACAACGCUGCCUCCCAGGAGAGCAACUCCUCCUGUAACUCUUGGGGCAAUGCAUCCAAAAAGGGCCCACAGAAGCUCUCCCAGGGAAAGGUCCCAGGGAAGCAAGAAGACGCCUGGAUCAUGAAUCGUCUCAUCAAACAGCUGACGGACAUGGGCUUCCCUAGGGAUCCAGCAGAGGAGGCUCUGAAGAGCAACAACAUGAGCCUGGACCAGGCCAUGAGUGCCCUGCUGGAGAAGAAGACCGAGCUGGACAAGCGGGGGAUGGGGAUAGCCGGCCACGACUACAACAACGGGCUCAUCAACAAGCCCAUGAGCUGCCCUCGGCCUCCGCUUCUUUCCAAAGACCCCUCAGCAGACCCCCGCUUGCCCUUCAUGGAUAAGCAGAUGCAGGGUGGAAUGUUUGGCGGUGCUGGAGCAGCACAAGCCCGGGCCAUGCAGCAGCCGCAGCCGCCUCCUCAGCCGCCAGUGCCGCCUCUCAGUUCCUCUCAGCCUAGUCUACGUGCUCAAGUGCCUCAGUUUCUCUCCCCUCAGGUUCAAGCACAGCUCUUACAGUUUGCAGCAAAAAACAUUGGUCUGAAUCCUGCACUUUUAACCUCACCAAUAAACCCUCAACAUAUGACCCUUCUGAAUCAACUUUACCAGCUGCAACUGGCGUACCAGCGUUUACAAAUUCAGCAGCAAAUGUUGCAGGCGCAGCGCAACGUUUCUGGCCCCAUUCGACAACAAGAGCAGCAAGUUGCACGUACAAUCAAUAACAUGCAGCAGCAGAUCCAACAGCACCAGCGUCAGCUGGCCCAGGCCCUGCUGAUGAAGCAGCAGCAACAGCAACCGCCCCCUUCCCACUCGGGCCUGCAUCCUGGCGGGGCCAAAUCCACCCUGGAUUCAUUUCCAGGUCACCCCCAGGCUCCAGGCCUCCCUGACCUGCAGACCAAAGAGCCGCAGUCAUCGCCCAACACCUACAGCCCCUACACUCUCUCUGGACUGAAUCCAAACAUGAAUGUAAACUGCAUGGAGGUGGGAGGUCUGUCUAUGAAGGAACCUCCACAGCCUCAAUCGCGUCUGUCGCAGUGGACACAUCCCAACUCCAUCGAAAGCCUCUCUGGAAGCUCUUCUCCUCUAGAGCCCAACAUGGGCAAGCAUGGUGCCAACCUGGGCCCCCCCGGUAAGCCCCCUCAGCUGGAGGACUCUUACAGCCCCUACAACCUGAUGUCCAGCUCAGAGUCUCCUACCAGCCCCCUGGUCCCCCCAGACAGCUGGGGACAAGGCAAGAGCAGCAGCGACAAGAUGGCCAAUGGGACCAAUAUCAACUGGCCACCAGAGUUCUGCCCCGGUGUGCCCUGGAAGGGCCUCCAGAAUAUUGACCCUGAGACCGACCCCAAUGUGACCCCCGGCAGUGUCCCCAGCGGGCCCACUAUCAACACCAACAUCCAAGAUGUCAACCGCUACCUGCUGCGGGACAGGAGCGGAGGCUCCUCUCCCACUUCAUCUCAGAAUGAGGCUCUGCCUCCGUCCAGUGAUUGGCCAGUCAGUGCCUACACUAGCUCGUUCAGUCUGUCGUCCCCGGAGACGGACGAUGCAGGUAAACUGUCAGAGAUGAAAUCUACUUGGUCUCCAGGCCCCAUUUCUCACAGCCAGGCCUCUCUGUCCCACGAGCUGUGGAAGGUCCCCCAGGGCCCCCGGAGCAGUACCACGGCCCCUUCCCGACCCCCACCUGGCCUCACCAACACCAAGCCUUCAACCUGGGGUGGCAGCUCCUUAGGUCUGGCCCAGGGCUGGAGCAGCUCUUACACCACAGCAGGUACCACUUGGAGUACAGACAGUUCCACCAGGACCAGUAGCUGGCUGGUUCUGAGGAACCUCACUCCACAGAUUGAUGGUUCGACUCUGCGUACACUGUGCAUGCAACACGGCCCCCUCAUCACAUUCCACCUCAACCUGACGCAGGGCAACGCUGUGGUGCGCUACAGCUCCAAGGACGAAGCUGCCAAGGCUCAGAAGUCCCUGCACAUGUGCGUGCUCGGGAACACCACCAUCCUGGCAGAGUUUGCUGGGGAAGAGGACGUUAACCGCUUCUUUGCACAGGGCCAGUCGCUUGGCGUGACGACCAGCUGGCAGGCCACUCCAGGCACCAAUCAGACAAGGAUGGGCGGGGCCGGGUCCGGAGCCUCCCAUCCCAUCGGUCACUCCCCCCACUGGAACAACAACAACAACGGCAGCAGCAGCAGUAGCGGCAGCCUGGGAACAGGCGGAGCGAAGACGGGCGGAGAGUUGCUGUGGGGUGGUGUGCAGCAGUAUUCCAGCCUGUGGGGACCCCCGAGCGGAGAGGAGGGACGGGUCAUGGGGAGUCCCACCCCAAUCAAUACGCUGCUGCCUGGGGACCUGCUGAGCGGGGAGUCCAUGUAGAACAGAAGAGCCCCGGCGUAACAAACACCAACAGGAGCAAAAAUCUUGCAAAUCAUUGUGGAGAUAAUCAGUGUGGCUGUAAUGGUGAAAAGGAGAGACGAGAGGAGGGCGGGGCUACAUCCUCGCUGCUCACCCUCGCCAACCUCCUCUGCUCCCUUUUGUUUUUAAAUGACAUUUCAGUUGCAGUUGUUUUGUGAAUCUCGCUGAGAGAUUUUGGUCACAGUAUUCAGCUUUUACUUUUGGAGACACAGGAAGAAGUCUCUCAUUCAACAAAGAAAGAGAACUUUUUACAGAACUUUUGGGAACUCGCCGUGUGAAACAUGUACUUCAGUUCAAACUGACACAACGACGAGCUGCCAUCUUUAAACUUGCGUAAUCCCUCUCUGCCUUUUCAGGCAAUCAUACUGCACCUCAGAGAUCCAUGAAAAGGCGUCAUUCCCAAAGUAAAAAUCCUUCAAUCAGAGUGGUUGUCGAACUUUCAGCUGGUCCAGACUCAACAUUUGUUUCUCUCAGCACUAAUAUUAGCCUUAACCUCUUUCCUGCCCUGCUAUCCUCACUCACUCUGUACUUGGUGAAGAAGCAUACGGACACUUGCACACCCUUAUUUCUGAGCCAGUGAAACCUGAGUGGAGAGUACAGUGCUGCUGCGGCUCAACGCAAGCAACCACGGCUCGCGACUUCAGUGCAUUUUUGCGAGCGGAUUGAGUUCCCCACACAACGCUCAAAGGGAAUGAUGCAACUCUGUUCGCCGUGUUCAAGCCAUUUAUUUUUGUAGUGUUUUUUUUCUUCUUCUCCUCCUUGAACCAUUGCAAAACAAAGCUAAGAAAUGAUAUUAUUCAAAAUGUGUCUGUCAAUCUUACCCAGUGGGGGGAGAGAUUCGGGGGUCGUCCCAUGUACAGUUACGGACGUGACGAACAAUGAAAUGAACCACUGCUAUUACUAUGGAACUGUAAAGACAAACACUUCAAUGCACCUCAACUCGUCUGCGGGCAACUCGCAGUUUGGUCUCAGUCUCGGACCCUCUCACUGAUGUUGUGGAAAACCUCAAAUCGUAAACGUUUCCUACCGGUGUGUGUUUCCCACCAUUUCAAGUGACGUGCAAUAUAAGCCACAGACUACCGUCCAAGCACCCUACCAUGACCUCUCGCAGAGAAGAGAGGAGACUGUAAGGAAUGACUGAACUGCAAAAACGCUAUCUUCCCUGCAACCCCCCGCAAUCCCCCCCACCCUAAAACUGCCACUACUACCCUUCAUCUCCCCUUUGAGAGUGUGUGAGCUCAGGAGAGGAGCAAGCUGGUCUUCAACCACCUUCUGUCCAAGACACAAGGACGUACACACAAAGCACUUCUUCAGCCAGCCUACUCUCCACACUUAUGCCAGUGACUAGUUUUGGGGGAGACGGAGGGACAGGUGUGUGUGUGUGUUCCUGCGUAUGUGUGAGUGUGUGUGUGCUUGGGGAGAAGGCAUCAAACCAAAACCAGAGGAGCCUGUUUUCCUUUUUAACCAGAAGACCAGAUGACCUUUUUUUUUUCCUUCUUCUUCUUUGCCCAAAUUUGCAUCGGUAGGAAAGUCUGAAGCAAAGAUUUGUGAAUAGGUGGUCUAUCAUAGCACUUAGCAAGAGCGUCGCAGCUCGUUACACCCUUAAUGCCAACGAAUAGAAGAAAGGAGAAGCAACACUGGCAAAUAAAAACUGAAAAAAGACAAAAAAGCAAUCUGCUUAGUGGCUUCUCUAUAUACUUAUUUUUUAACUUAACAUGGAUGUGAAGAUUUUGUUUUUUCUUUCAAUCCUUCUUCCCUCAAGUCGGUGGGACCAGGAAGGAUGUCAAACAUGGUAGCAAAGUGAAGGGAAAUACAAAGAAAGAACUAACUCAACUGACGAUGGGUGCGGCAGGGAAAGACCCCAAAGCACUCACCCUCUUUGUCAAAGUAAAUAUCACUGUUACAUUGCAGACUUUGAAAUCUUUAGCCUUGGUGUCUGGAAAAACGCUCGACGUGUUUAUGUUCUACUGGAUCCAGCAGGGAGGAUCGCCAUCUUCUUCGUCCUUUUUUGUUUCUUUCUUUCUAUUGGAGGCCCUGCCAACCUGUGUGAUAGUGUGGCCACUGAGUGCCUGCCUGCUGCGGAGUGCAGUGCUCUGCAGCAGCCCUCACCCCCGCCCUCCCCCACCUUCGCUCGCCGCCUCCCUGCGGAUCCCUACAGACUGGCUUCCCUCCUCUUCCUCCCCCAACCUCCCCCUCCUUUCCCCUCGGCCUCCAGGCCAAGAGCAGCUCUUUCAGAACUGGCCCACCUGUAUUAAAUUUACUACUACUGCUGCGCCAGAGUCUGUCCUCAGCAACCUCCAACUCUCUCUUUGUCUCUCUCCUGCAAGGAUCACUUUAGCCAGAGAUGGAGGCGUUUGAUGUGUUUUUGUUUUUUCUUGGUUUCACUUAUGGAAUUGCCAGUGUGCAUUUUUAUUUGAUUGUUGUCAUGAAGUUUGCUGAUAUUGUUGCUGUUAUCAUUGAUGAUAUAGAUAAUGAUUGUUUUCUGAUGAUGAUGAUUUCAUGGCUUUUUAAUAUUUGGUCUUUAUGCAGUGUUCAGCUUCUCUCCUGCCCCUCCCACUGCCUCCGAGGCAGAAGCGGUGUGUAGUGUAGAGGCGAGGCCACGCGACACGCUGCGGAUCUCAGUAGAAACAGGCUGGUGGGGGAGUUCUUACGCGGGCUUGUUGGUGUCAGACAGGGGGUUUUGAAGAGUCAAGUGGGGGAAAGGUUGUGUAGUCAAGGGUCCUCCAGGAUAGUGAGCCAACUUCCUCUGUCCAUCCUGGGGCACCUCCGCUCUAUGUUGUCUCAUAACACACACAUCCUUUAGUGGUGAUGGGCCUCACUCACACUGGUGCUUUAUGUUUAACUCUGGGAGCACUCAGUUACACUUAGAACCACCUCAACUGACAACAGCCUUCCAUUUCUAUGCAAAGACAAGGAGGUGUUCGUUCACAGCCAUCUAGAAAAUCACAGCCAUCCCCCCCCCACAUCUGCCAAUCUUUACUUAUAUCUCUCAACCUUUACUACCAGGCAGCUUCCCCUUGAAACCCCCCUCCCCCCUGGAUAAAACGUAAGGGACUUCUUCUCAAGAUUUUAGUUUCCCACUGUGUGGACAGAGCUACUAGAUGACACUAAAUGACCUGCUGGAGGCACUAGUGGUUGGCAGAGUUUUUCAGUCUUGUGCCAACUGAUCUGCAAAUAUCUACUUCCAUCUUUGCCAUAUCCUAAUUUAUCUUUAGCGGGGUAAGUUUCUUUUAUUGCUGCAGGGGCGUACACCACAAGCUCCAGCUGUAGGAGGCUUGAGGAGUAGACGGGCAGGACAGACGAACGGUCUUUGACGAAUAGCGGAAAUGUAGUGGGGAACCAGGCUGUGGCAGGAGGGGGGGUGGUCCCUGUAUGUGUCUGUGCACUGUUUAUGGGUCACAUCGGGUACAUCUCUUUAAAAACCAAAAACAUCUUUUUCUUUAUCAUCAAGGUUUUUUGCAAAAACUAGAAACUACAAAAAAAAAAAGAAGAAGUCUGUUUCAGCUGUGCACUCCGAGGCUGAGAUGUUCUGUUUCUCUGCAAGCUGCCGCCUUCUCACCCCGACUGGGCUCGCUGUCCGGGCCACAUCUGGGGAAGCUGUAUCCAGGUGGUUCAUGUUCUUUGGACCUCCACCCCUGAAGGUCGCGCCAGCAUAUACACAACAAGUCAUUUCUGCUCAUCUGGCUUUGGGGUCAGGGUCCGAGCAGGGACCCGACAAAUCAGCAGAAAUGGGGACACACCUCAAGUUUGGUACCAAGUCUUAAAACUUUUUCGGGAUUUGCCCUCUUCCAGAGUCGCCUCAGACUCGCAUCAUUCAACAAAACAAUCACUAUUGCCUGUGUCGUCUGUUUGUGUGUUUGUUUGUUCCUGAAAACCUGCAUUUACUCCACACUGGACUUGAAUCAAGCAACUGGCGUCUGAAGUGGGGAGUGGAACAGAGUGGGAGGACGGGUCACUGGGACGGAGGACGAGUCUCAGAUGUGCCCUGGAUUUUUUUUUGGCGCAGCACCAGCACUGAGAGCCCCGCCCCCCUCCCACACCCUUGCCUGCACUCUUACGUGUCUAGUGUUGGAAAUCAGAUGCUCUCCCUUCUUUUUUUAAAGUCACAUGGACUCAAAGGCAACUGGAGCUCAAGCUUAAAUAUGCUUCUCAAUCAUGGAUCAGAAGGGUCUGGAGCAGGGGCCCCACAAAGAGCCGAAUUAGCAAAUCGCUCUUUAAAAGAAACAAAGGCCUGGGUUGAAUAUGCACAUUCUAGUUCAUAUACAGUAUACAACCAAGAGUACAUAAUGGGUGUAUGUGUGUAUAUGGCUAGAUCUCUCUGUUUUCCACUUAGCCUAAGCCCCCCUGAACCCCGCCCUGGCUUUGGCCCUUACCCUGUGUAUCCUCCUCGACAUUAUAUUUCCCAGAAGACAAGAUCAUAAACAUAUCAGAGUAAUACAAAAUAAUGAAAACAAAUACUUGAAUCAAAAGAAGCGCCAAUAAUGUAAUGUGAACACUUUUUGUAGUGGUUUUUUGUCUCAUUCAUACACUUCAGAGAUUUUUGAUAGCAUCGGUUCAGAGUGAAUUAAAUUUGAAAUGUUGUUGAAAACAAAGAUCGAUAUAAAGGCAAAUUUACAUCUGUUGUAUUUGAGUGUUUGCACAAGGCUGCUUGUACUGUAUGUUGUUUGAAUGAAUGUUUAGUGUGUGAGGUGAAAAUACGAGAGCUCGUGAUUACAGCGGAGGAACCUCCGCCUUGUGUUUCUUUUUCAAUUCAGUAUACUUUUGUUGUUGUUUUAUUUUUUUUUUCUUUUUGCUUGUCAAAAAUAUAUUCUGAUGUUAAUUGUUACUAGCCUCUAGCGUUGCACUGAGUGUCGGCCUCACCCCUCAUCCAGCUAAACGAACAACAUGAUACAAGUACUGAGGGGAGACGGGGACAGUUCAUGUGUAAAUGUUUACUCAAGGACUAAAAAUAAGUGUGUUUUUAAAAAUGUAAUGUUUAUCUACCUUAGUGGCUUUCAUUGUGGAAUAAUCCAAGAAAGUAUGGAUCAUAAUUGAGUAUUGCACCAUUUUUCGGAUUAUAAACCUGAAAAAAAAAACGAGAAAACCUGAAAAAAAAUCACAUAUGUAUACAAAAAAAUGCAGCAAAAAAAGUAUUUUGCAGACCUGUGGCCAUAGAUUGGGGUAGAAGGACUUCAGCUCUCCCAAAUCUGAGCAACAGAGAGAGUGAAGGACAAGACAUCAGACUGAGCCUUGGCUUCUAGGGCUCACUUCAGAGGUGCCUACCUUUUUGGUUUGUUAGCUUUCGUUCUGUUUUCACUUAUGUUCAGUUCACUCAUGUUGUCAUUUGUUUUCCUGCAAGGCCACUGACAGUUUACAAACACUUUGUUUAUUUCUGGAGUUCAAAAAAAAAUCAGCAACACAAAGGAAUUAAACCAUGGGAAUGUUGGAAAAAGAUUUAAAAAAAAAAAAAAAAGGACAAAUGCUUCCAUUUAAAAAAAAAAAAAACAAAAAUGU